UCAUGCGUUCUGACUGAAUUGUCAGGCCAUGAUGAUGAUGAUGAUGAUGAUGAUGAUGAUGAUGAUGAUGAUGAUGAUGAUGAUGAUGAUGAUGAUGAUGAUGAUGAUGAUACUCGCACGUUGACUUGUCUGCUUGGUGUAGUGGCAUCGAGUGGUAUAACAGUUGCGAUCGCAAUAUCCGGAUCCGGAAGCUCAGCUGAAGUGCUUUUCUGGUCGUUGCUUAUGAGCUGAGCCUGUGCGACUUUUGUAGUCUUCGCAACACAAUGGGUGUGGCGUCACGUAACGUUACGCCAUGUUUGGAGAGAGGCGAGGAAGCAAACAGUUGCUCUCAAGCUAUCAGAUGCUUCAUAUAUAUCGCGUCUAGAUGCCUAGCACAACUACCACCCAAUAAACCCAACCUCAGGAAAUCAACAAACACACUUCUCGCCCCUCCAUACCCCCCCUUCCCUUUGACAAAAAAAAACCCCAAAAAUCAAACAGAAUCCACCAAAAACCCCCCACUCCCCAGAUUCUCCACCAUGGCCUGCACCUGCACCGUGCCCUCCACUCCCACGUCAUUCACCACCCGCACAUCCCAGUGGAAGUCAUUGCCGUUCAUCCUUUUUAGUUCUUGUAGGAAGAGCGCCAGCACUACGACGAGCGCGACGAGUGCGCCUGUUGCGAUGGCUUGGACGAGGAAGGUGAGGAGGGCGAGGGUGCGGGGGGGUUCGUGGUGGGGUUUGGACAUUUUUGAGGGUUUGGGUUGAGGUUUUUGGGGUUUUUGGGGGUUGGGGGUUGACAGAAAAUCGCCAAAUUCUCCUCUAAACACUCAGAAUAUAACAACAAAAAAACCCUACAAAAGCAUCCUCAGA